GACAUAACCUUGACGAUAAACUCGGAUGGGAGUCCUGUGUUCAACUCUUCUAAGUUCUCGAUAUGGCCCGUCCAGACUAUAAUUAAUGAGUUGCCGCCAGGAUUGCGAUCGAAAAAUGUCACGGUUGCAACGCUGUGGUACGGACAGAGUCAUCCUGAUAUGACAUUGGUGUUAGAGGCAUUUGCCAAGCAAAUGGACUCGCUCGCCGAUAGUGGGAUUGAGUGGACAUGUGAUGGAGAGACCUUUCACUCAAAAGUCUAUUGUUUCACUGCUGUGGCUGACGCUCCAGCCAGGGCUCUGAUGCAGAACACAGUCCAGUAUAAUGGAUACUUUGGGUGUGGCUGGUGUUUGCACCCUGGCAAGUGCAUCGAAGGAACAGUGAAGUACCCCGUAAGCGCUGAAGCUCCACCCGACAGGACUAAAGAAGGGAUGACUGAAGACAUGGAUGAAGCGAACAGAACUGGAGUGAAUGUUCGGGGAGUGAAGAGGCCGUCCCCAUUAAUUAAUUUGGUCGGGUUUGACAUUGUGUGGGGCUUCACACCCAAUUACAUGCAUGGUGUUUUGCUCGGCGUGACACGCCAGUUCAUGGAGUUGUGGUUGUGUGGUGUUGGUACUCCAUAUUACAUAGGAUCACCAAAUUUCAUUAGGAGAAUUGAUGAAAGGCUAUGUGCCAUAAACCCACCUCAAUGCAUCACACGCCUGCCGAGAUCUGUCCAAUUGAGGAAGUUUUGGAAGGCAAGCGAGUGGCAGCAGUGGCUGUUAUAUUUCAGCCUCGUUUGUGUUGAUGGAAUUUUGCCUGACAAGUACCAGAAACACUUCAGCUUGCUGGUAAAAGCAGUGUAUCUCCUACUUGGAGAUACUGUCUCUACCAAAGACAUAAGUGAUAGCACAGAGUGUCUUGUGCAAUUUGUCGUUCAAGUUCAGUUCCUUUAUUCCAAAAAGGAAAUGACUUCGAAUGUGCAUUUAUUGCUGCACCUUGCAAAAAGUGCUACAAAGCAAGGGCCACUUUGGGCACAUUCUUGCUUUGUGUUUGAAGCAGGAUUAGGCAAAAUUAAGAAGCUCAUUACUUCCGCAAAGGGAGUGCCUCAUCAGGUAAUGAGUAGAGUGCUUAUGGCCAGCAAAGUCUGUGCACUCAAGGCAGCUGCAAGUCAGCAAGUUAAGCAUUUUUUGAGUUGUGAUUUGCGCACCGAAGAAGAGUCGCUGGCCCUUUUGGGAAAACCAAGGGCUGUCAGUGUGUCUCUCUGUAGAAUAAUUGAGGCACAAGUCCCCCAGCAAAUCAUAGGCCCUGUUGAAGAAUAUGACAGGGUUCGCAUCUCUGGGCGCGUGUUCCACAGUGAACAAUAUCAAAGGCCUCAGAAAUACUAACUGCACAGCUGUACGACUGGCAGAUAAUACACAUGCUAAGAUAGAGCAUAUCGUGUCAGUGAGCUGCCAUGACAGAAAGAGAACUUACUUUGUAUCUAAGCGCUAUGUAAGUUCUCUCUGUUUUGGCACAACACACAUUUCAUGUGUUCAGAAGUGGGCAGCUGAGAAGGUCAUAGAGAUUGACUGUAAGGCAACUCCAUGCCUU